AUGAACGUUCAAACCGAAUACAACCCAAACCGGAUUACUUCUCGGGGUUUCUUUGGUAAACCGGUUGGAUCAAUGGAUUGGAGUUCAGCCUCUAAUAAGCCGAUUUAUAGCCUCCACAAGGGGAAUGCAAGUCUCUCUAGCAAAAAUGGAUUAAUUGGGUUAGCUGCUGCGUUGAAAUUAGAUAGAUUUCAGAAAUCAAACGAAUCGGUUAACAAAACCGAAACAAAUUCGGAUAAAAAAUCACUUGACACUAACAAGGAGGAAGAGAUAAUAAAAGUCAAGAACGAAGAACAUGAGAUUACAGAUCAAAUGGAUAGACAAGAGGAUGCGAAGGAGAUUAAACUAAGCUAUUUGAGUGAACCGGUUAACCACAUAACCGAAACAAACCCGGUUAUUUAUCUUCCUCCGGAUGAGGAAUCACUAGACGCUGAGAAUUCAGACACUGAAAGUGAUGAGGAAGAAGAAACAGAAGAUGAUGAUGUGAAAUCAGAUUCAGAGAGUGAUGAUGAAGAGAAAGAAUUAGAAGAUGACGUGAAGGAGAUUUUAGCAGACGAUUCAAGCAUUUGUUGUCGUUCAGACACGAGCAACAACAGUAUCUCUUCUUUCUCAUUCCCAAUAUUGCAUAACGAAGAGGGAAGUGUCAAAAAGCCGUAUUUUGAAAGAAGCUGGAACGUUGUCGAUAAGAGGCUAGAGUUGCCUCGAGAAGAAACGCAAACAAGAACGCAACCGCAAUUUUAUUUCAUCCCAGCAAGUCACAUGCUAAUUCAUCACCUACCGCCACAACAGAAUUCGUCGUCGAAUCAAGGUCUCAAACGCAAUCGCAACCGCAACCGCAAAAAGCUUUUAGGAACCGUUGGUUCUUUUGCUUUUAUGGUUCAUUUCAAGAUGAUUGAUUCAAGAAACUGA